AUGACGGACACAGUAAUCAGCAAGUCAUGGGUCUUCAAGCAGAUCCCCACCGAGCUGCCUGAACUCGGAGUUCACACAGUUUUCGAGGACAGACCGGUCAGCCUGACUCCGCCCCCGGGUGGUGUUGUUGUCAAGGUCCUCGCAGCCGGCCUGGACCCCCAUCAACGAGACCGUAUGAGGGGUCCCAGUUUCCAGAGCUACGUGCCAGGCUACGUCCCUGACGAGACUAUCACGAACUUCGCCAUUGGCAAGGUCGUCAAGUCAGAUAACCCCAAGUUCCAGGACGGUGAUUUGAUCCAAGGUCUCCUACCCGUUGCCGAGUACGGAGUGAUUCCCCAGGAGUUCAUCGAGGCCAAGCCCAUGGCCGCCCACCUUGUCUGGAAGGUCGAGAACAAGUACAACCUGGACCUCACCCACUACCUCGGGCCGCUAGGUCUGGCAGGUAUGACGGCCUGGAACUCAUUCUAUGGCCUGGUCAAGCCCGAGAAGGGCAAGACUAUCUGGGUCAACGCCGCAUCCAGUUCUGUUGGUGAGCUCGUCGUCCAGCUUGCUAAGAGAGAGGGCAUGAGAGUUAUCGGUAGCGUCAGCUCGAACGACAAGCUCAAGUACGUGGUCGAAGAGCUAGGUGCUGAUGCCUGCUUCAACUACCGCGAGGAGAACAUCUUUGACGCUUUGAAGAGACUUGCUCCUGAGGGUCUGGACGUGGUUUACGAGAACGUCGGCGGAGAUCACUUCCAGGCCGCCAUCGAGAACCUCAACUGGUUCGGACGUAUCAUUGUGUGCGGCAUGGCAUCCCAAUAUAACAAGCCAAAGGAGGAGCAGUACGGUGUCACAAACCUUUCAGAUAUCUUCCGCAAGCGCAUCACUAUCAGAGGAUUCAUCUACUGGGACCACGAUGUCUAUGAGCCAAAUAUCGACAGCUUUAACGAGAACAUGCCAAAGUGGCUGGCGGAUGGAUCAAUCAAGGCCAAGUAUUCCAAGCAUGACGGCUUGGAGACUGCCCACGCUGCCUUCCUUGAGAUGUUCACCGGAAAGGCAUUUGGCAAGGCUGCAGUAAAGAUUGCGGAUGCUUAG